GGCUGCUCUCUGUGGGUCCAGAAGUGUCCUACAUCCUUGUUUCUGUAACUCCUGCACAUCCAGAGUUUAAUUGAUUGUGACCAUAACAACACAUCUGACAUCUAUUAUUAAAGAUGGGGGAGAGGUUGCAGAGUAAAAAAAGUUUUGUUUGCUCUUUUGUUCAGUGUAAGGCUGCGUUUAGUAAGUCAUGGAAGCUACAGGCCCACCUCUGCAAGCAUACUGGAUUGAAACCUUUCUCUUGCGACAACUGUGACAAGAGCUUCUGCACCCGCUAUCAGCUCACUAGACAUGAAUUGACUCAUAGUGGGGAGAAACCACACAAGUGUGUUGUUGAGGGCUGCUCUGAGGCCUUUGUCACCAAUGCCAGCCUCAAGAAUCACAUGUCCAGAUUUCACAACAAAGAGAAAAGAUACAAAUGUAACCAUCAGGGCUGUGAAAAAGACUUUAAUAAGAGGAAUCGGCUUGCUGCUCAUAUUUUUGUGCACACCAAAGCGCUGCCUUUUCAUUGCAAAAUUUCUGGCUGCACAAAAGAAUUCCCCUCUCACGGUAAACUAAAGCAUCAUGAGAAAAUGCAUAACGGUUAUCCUUGUGAAGAGGAAGCAUGUCUCUUCAAAGGAAACACAUGGACAGAGUACCUGAAGCACAGAAAAGCACAUAAAGUCAAGUUGCCAUGUGCGCAGUGCAAAAAGCAAUUUGGUAAUGCAUGGUUCUUGAACCUGCACAUACGGCAUGUCCACUCUGGGGAGAAAAGGAUGUUUCUUUGUCCCAAAGAUGGAUGUGACAAAAAGUUCAGUGGGCGCUUUCACCUGGAGAGUCAUGUCCUGGGGUUCCAUGAGGGCCUCAAGGCCUUCACCUGUGCUGUUGCUGGAUGUGAGAAGAGCUUUGCCAUGAAGGAAAGCCUAUGGCGACAUGGCAUAGUACAUGAGCCGUCAAAGAAGCUGAAGAAGCCAUUGAAGGAAGCAAACAAGCUUGCAGCAAAGUUUGCAAAAACAAAUCUAAACAAGUAGAAAAGAGUGGCCGCACAUUUAUCAACAUUUUUGUUCCUUAAUAUUUGUUUUGUCACUGGGCUAUAUAAUAAAGCCUCAUUCUCCUG